UUUUUAUAUGUGUAUCAACAAUAAUCAUAAUAAUUUAUAUUAUUGUUGUUAUUUGAAUUAUUAUAUUUUAAUAUAAUAUAAUAAUAUAUGAGAUAGUUGUGAUUUGUUGGUUUAAUGUCAAACAGUAGGAAUUAUCAAAAGUGUAAACGAAUAAAAAUGUAAAUGUGAUAUUGUCAUGAGUGGUCCAGACCUUCAAGAGCACUCGUACGUGAAAGUGCUGUAUGACUUUCAAUACAAAACAACAGAAGGUCGGGAGAUAGCUAUAAAGAAGAAUGAAAGAUUGUAUUUAUUACAAAAAACAAAUGCUGAUUGGUGGCAAGUUGUCAGGACUUGGGAGCAGAGAUCUUUUUACGUACCAGCAACGUACGUUAGAGAGAUGUCGAAAAACACCGGUAGCAAUCCGAGAAAGACAUCUGAUGAGGACAAAGAUAUAGCAUUCGAGACACUAGAUGGACCUAAGUAUAAAAAUAUGCCCAAGGAAACAUCUAGUGCCAUGAAAAACGUUAAGAAAUGGCUGGCGGGUGCUAUGGAUAGCAAGCAAGAGUCGUCCUCGACUACUGCGUCGUCUUCAUCGCUCUCUAAAUCACUUUAUAUCACUGAUGACUCUCAUAAACACAAUGCUAUGGAUUACCAGUCACGUGCGGAAUUAAAGGUCGGGUUGGCAGCCAUCAAGGCGAAGUCGCUGGAACGUGAUCGCGAACGCGAACGUGAUCGGAGAUCGACUUACGAGAAACAAAUAUCCGAGCAGAUUGAAGUAAAACAUAAAAAACGACCCAAUGAAACGCCAAAAAAAUUACCCAAUACAAUGGGUAUAAAAGAUAUUGAUUUAGAUUCAUUGUCUUCUUCUCCUUCUUCGUCUUACAGUAAACUCACCAAGAGCUUUUCAACGAGUCCAAAGUCUUUUGACGUACCUACUGCAAGAAUAGACAUCCCACUGCCUGACCCAUUCAGACAGGAAUUAAAGAGUAGCUUAGAUCGCCGGCGCAAGAUAUCUGAUAACACUGAUUAUGAUAAACUCGUUCAGGAAAACCGCAAUCACGAGUUAAAUCGACAGUCGAGAAUAAGAACCAAGUCCUCCCAUUCAGAUGAUUCUCAGUUGGAAAGCGAUAAUGACGAAAGAUUUCUAUCGCGCGUUGAUGAGAAUCCCAAGAGACUAGAUAAAGACAAACCAGAGUCAAAACUCAGUGUUUCGCUGAGAGAAGAGCCCGGCAGCGGUCGUCAGAGCCCCAGUGUCUCCAAUAGAAACAGCAGGAGUCUAGAUCUUGACUCAAAGCAAUUUUGCUUACGCACCGAACGGAGUUUGAGCCCGAAACCAACAUACGGAAGGCAGCUAACUGUCGCCGGACAAAUUACUGAUGAGGAAGCUGAUGUAAAUCCUGGUAAUACCAGCGCCAGCGGUGAUUGCAAAAUUCUUAAUGACAAACGACGUACUUGGGCUGUCGAAGAACUCAUGUCCGAAUUGACCCAGAUGUGUCGCGAGCGAGUCAACAAUAAAAAACCGCCAAACUUUCAGCUCAAGAGUACGGAAAUAAAAGGUAAUUUUGAUCCGUUGGAUGAACUCACCAGGGAAUUACAUGAAAUGAAUUUACAAAGAUCCGAAGGUGGGACUACUCCGCAAACAGAGACGCGCGGUGAAUUUAAAUCCAGCGAUGGCUCGCCGAGCAGUAAUAUAUGCAAGAUAUCAAUAAACUCAACAAGUGUCAAUAAAGCUAAUGAUUUAAAUUCGUUGAAUACGAGUGUGGUGAUAAGCAAAGAAGACGAUGAACUUGAAGACAUCACUGAGCAUUCAAAUAUAUCUGAAGCAUCUGAUUUGUCGGAUAACUCUCUGGCAUUUCGUUACCCGAAGAAUGAAAAGUCAACAUUUACAUUUCGCACUGGCGAGGUAUUGCCUCAGUCGAAACCCUUAAAAUCACCAAAGUCACCGAAAAUAGACGAAUACAACGAGGCAAAUAUAUUAAAUGACUGCUCACCGGACGAUAAUAAACCUUUAUCUCUUGAUAAGCAAUCGCAUUAUCGCAAAAGUAAGACAAUCACAACAACGACAGCUAAUCAUACGAGUCAUUCGAGUCCGGACAAUGAUCAGGAAUCAUUGGGAUACUCGAACCUGAAAAUGCGUCACACUAGUAAAGUUAAAAUGCGUCCGAAAAUAAAAGUUAAAGCAACGGUAGCUGGUGAUACGCCCGGGGAAUUGAAAUUGACGCCUUCGUUGGAAAAACUCGCGAGUGAAAUACAAUUUUUGCCGGCUAAAAAAACAAAUACUAUUAGUGUCAAUAGUAAUUACAAUCAUAGUAAUGACAGUACCAACAGUAAUAUUAAUAGUAAUAGUAAUAAAAUAAUUCAUAAAAAUACAUCGUCGUUUAACGAGAGUAUGAGUGACGGCGACGCUUACGAUGACAGUGGGAUCCAUGACGAGACAUACAGAUCUGAAGACUCGGGGAGUGGCAGGCGCAAUAUCAUUUACAGCAAUAGCUUUAAAACAAAACGUGAAGGCAGGUACUUCCAACGGCAUGAGUUUACUGACGACGAUGACGACGAAGAGGAUGAUGAAGAUGAAGACGAGGAAGACGACGACGGGAUAAUGAGAUCUGCUAAAAAGUGUAAUCUCAAGAAAAGUUCAACGCUCCAUUGCGCUACGAUACCUGAAAACUAUCGGCGUUUUAGAAUCAGCAACGAGUUGGCUGCUAUUUUGGCCAGUUCUAAGCGACGAAGCAGGAGCUUGAGUGAUUUGAAUUCUGUUGAUGAUGAAGAAGACACAAUUAUGGAAAAUAAAACCUACCCGGAAAAUUCACCCAAAAUAAAACCGGUACCUCUGCCGAGAACUAAAAUACCGGCUAUUAAAUCUGAAGACGAAUUAUCAACGCGAUUGGACGACAGAACUGCACCCAGCGGGGAAGAAAUAAAAGGCGUGGCACCAGUGCCCAGGAAGAUCAUCAGCAGAAAAGAGUAUCCGGAAGUUUGGGUAAAUUCGAAACAAGUUUCGGGGUACAGCAGCAAAAAUUACGCCCAUCAAACGACAUCGGAGGUUGACAUCGAGUCGAGCACUGCCGUUGGCUUCAAAACUCUGCUCUACACGUCCGACAGCGGCUCAGACAACUGCCUUCAAUCUAAAGAACUCGUAAACAACGACUCCAAUGAAAAGAAUCAUCACAAUUAUAGUCAUAGUAAUUUUAAAAAUCGCGGAAUUGAGAAAUCGAGCUCCGGAGUUAAUUUAAAAAAAGACGGAGUCAAGGUCCGAGAGAGUCCCUCGGACGACCAAAUUCUCAGCUCAAAUGCCAGCUCGGAAGCUCUGCAAAGUCAGUCGGAAUCUGAAUUCACUGGUGGCUUCGACGCGUCAUCCCAACCCAGUCCCGUGAGUACUCGGGCAGCUCAGGAUUGCUACGAGUGUGCGAUUGAUCUACCGCCCGGUUGGACUCAAAAGUACGAUCCCCACACCGACCAAAUUUGUUUCAUCAACGACCAGGGUGAUAAGUGGUUCUCCUCAAAUGAUGACGAAGGCAAGAUAUACUUUUUCGAAGAGAAUAGCAAUGAAUCUUCAUGGGUAUUGCCAACGGUCACGGCUGGUAAAUCUCAAACCAAAGCACCUGCUCAUAAAGAUGAAAAACCGAUGGAAGAGGAUAGUAGUGCAACAAAUGAACUCUCUCAGCCGGAAAAUCUACUCACCAGUGCACCUUACGCUAAUCAGAACUCAAGUAAUCAUGACAGCGGGUCUGCAUCAGUGUCAGUGUCUGGCUCGAAAAAACCCGGUCUGAGCGACUGGCCGCAGUUGUCAUUUGAUGGCAACAUGAAAAUAUUGAAAGAGGGGCCGAUAAGCCGGACCAAGAUCACGGAGAACGGAAAAAAGUUGCGUAAAAAUUGGAGCACUUCGUACGCUGUGCUGACGGAAUUAUUUUUACUUUUUUUCAAAGACUCUAAAACGUUUAACACGAUGAUGAAGAGCGGUCAGUCGCCCAUAGCCAAGCCCGACAUAUCAGUUGAUCUGAAUGGGGCAAUUAUUGAGCCCGGGGAACGGGCUAGUAGCAGAAAAAAUGUUUACAUGAUCGGUACUGUACUUGGUCUUCAAGUACUUAUACAAAGCGAUAACACAGCACUUGCCGCUGAAUGGUUUCAAGAGAUCCACGGAGCCAUACGAAAACUGCCAUUCAGCUUCAAAUCUCAAGCAAAACCUUUUGCUGGACCACCGGAAGUACGUAAAAUUAGCAACAGUAAAUUAUCAAUCGAGUCUAAUCAAUCUGAAGAUUCAAAGAAGUCAUCCAAGGUCGCGCGAUCAAGAUCUAUGAAAACGGUAAAGAGACUCGAUGACUCACUGGAAGAUCUCAGUGGAACUGCCGCUGAAAGACAAACUAAAAUAAAAGCUAAAUUACGUAGAUUCUUCCAACGACGUCCUCCCGUUGAAUCUUUAGUCAAAAACGGUAUUUACAAAAAUGAGCCGGCAUUCGGUUCAUAUUUAAAAGACGUCUGUCCAACGGAACAUCCACGGGUACCAAUUUUCGUAAAAACGUGUAUCGAAGUUCUGGAAAGUAACGAAGACAACAUGAAGACUGACGGUUUAUACCGAGCGAGCGGUAAUUUAAGUCAAAUUCAAAAGAUACGAUUGCAAGUCGAUCAGUAUAAUCUCAGCGUAUUAUCACAAGAGGAAGACGUUCAUGUGCUGACUGGUGCAUUAAAAUUAUUUUUUCGCGAGCUUAAAGAACCGCUGAUACCAUCAAGUUUUUUUAAGGAUGCACUUAGUGCCAGUAUGCAGAAAAAAACAUCUGAUAAAAUCCGAUGCUUCCGUGAAAUAGUUAAAGCAUUGCCACCAGCAAACUACGACACUCUAUUAUUUUUAUUGAAACAUCUGCUGAAGGUAACUUUGUACCAAGAGUUUAAUCGUAUGCAUAUACCAAAUUUGGCGAUAGUCUUCGGCCCAACGCUGAUGUGGCCAGCUGAAGAAAGCGCAAACAUGGCUUUAGAUCUUAUGCAACAAAAUUUAGUUAUCGAAUGCCUUUUGUCUGAGUACAAUAAGAUUUUCAAAUAGAUUAUAAAUAUAUAUAUUUUAUUUAUUUUUUAAUUGAAAUAUAAAACAUUACACAUUACAGAUUACACUAAUGAACAAAAUAUAUAAUAAUGUUAAUUAAUGAUAAUGUUUAAUGAAACUAAAUUAACUAAAGGAUGAAUCAUAAUGUCAAGAAAGUAUCAAAGCAUCCUUUUAAAUAUUUAAAUCAUUCCGAGGAAUUUAACUUCAGGAUCAUACGAAUUUAGUGGAUUCAAAAUAUAUUUAUUUUUUGAAAUAACCCAAGUGGCAUAAAAAAAAUUGUCAACUUUUUGUUAAAUUUACGGCCAUUGAAAGUCAGUGCCCCCACUUUUUAAAAAUUUUCAAUGACUUCUGUCAUAAUCGUAUUAAAAUUUUAUUAAUUUAAAAAAAAAUUAAUUAGAGUUGUUAUCAAUUGGGAGUUGAAUGAAAUUUGGAAAAUAAAUUUCAGUAAAAUCUUCAUGUCAAUAUUUUACACAAUUUAAAUUUUCAAAUUUUGUCGGCUGAAAUUUCCCGCCACUUUUUAAAAAUAUUCAAUAUCUUCAACUAAUGAAGGUAAAAAUUUAAUUAAUUAAUUUUAAAAAAUAUUUAAGUACUAGUGGAAAAUUAAAAAAAAAUUAAUUUUCAUUUUUAAUUAAAAGUUUAAUAAAUUAACUCCCAAUUAUUAACGCCGUAAUUAAAAAAAAAUUAAUUUAUCAAAUUUUGAUAUCGCGAAUCAAAUUAAUUGGAAAGUAGGGGGAGGGAGUGAUUAAGAAAUCCUGUAGUUAAAAAAAAAGGAAUUAUGAUAAAUUAUUCUUGGGUCGAUUGUAAUCCAAACGCCAUUAAAAUUGCGAACAAGUAUUUUCUUCGUUGCUAAAAGUUAAAACUUUAUGCACAAAUUAUAUAUUACAUUAAAAUAAUUUUUUUAAUUAUACAAAAAUAAAUAAUAUAUAUAAAUAUACAUACGUAACAGCCGAGCAAUGCAUGAGCUCGGUUGCAGUAAUUAACCGUUUAAAAAAAAUUACCAAAAUGUGAUUGUAUUUAUGUAAAUAACCUGAUGAGCAGAGAAAAUGAUAAUAAUUGUUGAUAGGAAUUCGGCAGCAGGAGUUUUUUUUUUUUUUUUAAGGCCAUUCUCAGACAGUGCCCCCCACUUUUUAAAAAUUUUCAGUGACUUUCAACUGUCAUAACCGUAUUAAAAUUUUAUUAAUUAAUUAAAAAAAAAUUAAAACCUUAAUUGAAAAAAGGGCAACGUAGUCGUAAUUUCGUUGAGAUAUAGAAUUUUUAAAAAAUUACUUAAGAUUGAUAUCAAUUGGGAGUUAAACAAAAUUUGUCGAAUAAAUUUCAGCCGCCAAAAUUUGAAAAUUCGAAUUAUAAAAUUGACAUGACAAUUUUAUUGAAAUUUAUUCAACAAAUUUUGCUUAACUCCCAAUUGAUAUCAAUCGUAAGUAAUUUUUAAAAAAUUCUGUAUCUCAACGAAAUUACGACUACGUUGCCGUUUUUUCAAUUAAGGUUUUAAUUUUUUUUUAAUUAAUUAAUAAAAUUUUAAUACGUUUAUGACAGUUGAAAAUCACUGAAAAUUUUUAAAAAGUGGGGGGCACUGUCUGAGAAUCCCCUUAAUUGUAACAUCACUCAAUUAGGACUGUACUAGUUUAUUGAUUUAAGUAUUAAUAUUUAAAAGUAAUAAUAAUAAUAACAACAAUAAUUAACGAACAAAAGAAUGCCUCUUACAUUCCCUGUGGAUUGACUGUGACGACAACUUGCUAUUUCCAUUAUUAAUUAAAAUAAAACGUACGUCCGUCAUAUCUGUCAGUUUUAAAUAAUUAAAUAUUGAAUUUAUUAUUUAUAUUUAUUAUUAUCAUCACUUAUAAUUUUAUUUCCUAAUCGCUAUUGAUAUUUUGCAUGAUACCAUAAUUAUAGUGUUCUCUAUUUGCCUUUAAUUAAAAAUCUAAUUAAAUAGGUAAUUAGUGUAAUUAUAAAACAUCACAAUCUGAUAAUUAUUUCGUUGUUUUGAAAUAAUUGUAUUUUAAAAUUUAUAUAUUUAAAAAAAAAAUAAUUAUGAUAUUUUUAAAAGUAAUUAAAUAUGAGUAGAAUCAAUUGGUGAUAUUGUUAUUGUUUAAAUAAUAUAAAUAAUAAUGAUUAUAAUUAUUGUUCAAAAAUUAACUUAAAUAUUAAUGAAGUGACGUCUCGCCAAAUUGCGCAGCUUCACCCCCCAAAUUAAAUGAUCUUUCAAAAAAAAAAAAAUGUCCUAUAGAUAAAUUUAUCUUGAAAAAAAAGUAAAUAAUUAUUGUAUUUAUUAUUAUUGUUAAAUUAUAAAAUUAUAGUCUAUUGUAGGAAUGGAAAAAAAUAUGAGGUGUUGGUCUUAUAAAAAAAAUUUAUCUCGAAUUAUGAAUAUUAGAAGUAAAGCGAAAGAAAGACUUUAUCGAAUGUUUAUAGAUCGAACUAUAUUUAUUUUUAUAAAAAAAGAAAGAGGUAGAGGUGAUUAUAUUGAAUGAGGUAUACUAUAAUUGAUAAUGAUAAUUAUAUAUGAUAAUGCACUGUUGAUAUUCGAUAAAUUUAAUUAUUUAAUUAAUUAAUUAAUUAUUUUAAAAGUCAGUGGCUAGAUUUAGAUUUUUAUUUUUUUCAUGGAAAUUCGCACAACCAACCCGUAUAAAAAAAAUUGUUGAAAAAAAGUUAAAAAAGUGUUGACUAUUUUAAACAUCAAAACGUGACACAACGACCAACUUUUUUUGAACGUUUUUUAAACUUCUGAAAAUACACAAAUGAAAAACAAUUGAGUUAAUACCUCCUCGUAUAAAAAAGUUGCGGUAUUCCGCAGGUGAUCCGCUGAAUAUCAUGUGGAAGUCAUAUUUUGACACAAAUAUGAAUUCCGGAUGAAUUUCUAAUGAAUACACAAAGAUAGUAUAGAAAUAUAAUUCAAGUGAUAGAUUGUAUGAAAAAUUCUAUUACAAAAAAAUUUUUUUUUUCUUGCGGGGAAAUUGAGAGUUUUUUUUUUAGCGGAGUGAUCUCGGAGUGAAGUGGAUUUUAUUUCACUCCCAAUUCACUCCUGUCCGGAGUUUUAACAUUUCAAUGAAUUUAUAUUAAACUGUUAAACACUUCUCCAAUUUUUUUUUGUGUAUUGACCUAAAAGAGCUUUAAUUAAUAAAUUUUUCAAAUUCAUUUUAGUUUAGAAAAAAAUAAUUGUUUCUGUAGAAAAUUAUUUUACAGGUGGUCCAUUAUGCCCCAGAUAUCGCAAAUCAGCUUAAAAUAUCAGAGAUAACAUAAUUUGACCGAAAAGGAAAGAAAAAAAAAAUUUACUAAAUUUUUGAAGCGGGCCUUCAUGCCCCAGGUUCCCCGAUUACUUCGUUACUGCUAAUAAAAAAAAAAAAUAUCUCUCAUUUUACGUGUCAACUUGUAAGAUAAUCAUUACAAUCUAUUACUAACUUUCUUUCCAUACUAUCAUUUGAUACUCAUCCGAAAAUCAUCUGAAAUUUAUAUUUGUGUCAAAAUAUGACUUCCACAUGAUAUUCAGCUGAUCACCUGCGAAUUACCGGUGGAAUCCCGCAACUUUUUUACACGGGUCAAAUUAACAUUUUUCAGUGCAAAAUAUGUUCAGAAAAAAAUAAUUUUCAAGUAUUUAUAAACGUUUUUCGUAUUAGCAUAUCUUAAUAAUACAAGGAUACUAAUUGAUUUUUCUCUUGAAUUUUCAAAAGUUUAAAAGACGUUCAAAAAAAGUCCGUCGUUGUGUCACGUUUUGAAGUUUAGAAAAGUAAACACUUUUUUAACAAUUUUUUUUUACACGGGAAAUUAUUCAUACGUUUGUUUAAAAAAAACAACAUUGAUAAUUAAUAAUUAAUAAUUGAUAAUUGAUAAUCAAAUGUGUGAUAGAUAAAAUAAAAUCAUGUAAUAUUUAAAUAAAAAUAAAUUUUCUUCUUUACGAUGUAACGGUUGUGUCAAAGAUUAGAUUCCUAAUUAUAUUAUUAAAAUUAUUAAUUACGCUGUAGUAUUAAGACUGUUCAUUAUUAAAAUAAAAAAAGCAACAAAGUAAUAUAAUAAAUAAAUAAAUA